GCCAGGACAAGACCCGCCUCGUGUUUACAUCUUAGCCAUGUCUUCCUGGUUCCUCAAGUGUCCAGUUCACGAGUGUGUGAGAUCGAAGAAGUUCCUGAGGGUGAACUAAACAGUGAUGGAGAGGCAGAACGAGGGGCGUGGCGGGCCGAGGAUGACGAAGGAGGCAUUGAAGAAACUCUGUAAGCAACACAACCUGUACUCCGUGCCCGCCCUUAAUGACGUCCUGUACCUGCACUUCCAAGGGUACACGGAGAUCGAGAACCUGGAGGAGUACACGGGUCUUCGGUGUCUGUGGCUGGAGAACAACGGACUGCGGCGCAUCACAGGGCUGGACCAUCUAAGGAACCUUCGCUCUCUCCACCUCCACCACAACCUGCUCACCUCUCUGGCAGGCCUCCAGCACCUGGCCAGCCUCGUCACGCUCAACGUCUCCUACAAUAUGAUCAGAAACAUCGAACAUAUCAGUAGCCUGGUGAACCUAGAGACGCUGCAGAUCACACACAACCGCCUCUCCUCCGUAGCCUGCCUCACACCGCUCGCCUCCUGCCCCGUCCUCUCCUCUCUGGACCUCUCCCACAACAACCUGCAGGGACCUGGCCUCGCCCUGGCCCUGGGGGAGGUGCGGAGCCUCAGGUGUCUCCAAGCUACAGGUAAUCCGGCCACGCGUGAGGUGCGGCCCUACAGGAACACCUUCAUUCUCACUUGCCCGGAGCUCACCUACCUAGAUGACCGCCCUGUGUUCCCCGUGGACCGCGCCGCCGCUCUAGCCUGGCAGGGCGGGGGCGUAGAGGCGGAGAGGGAGACGAGGAAGGAAUGGGCGGAGCGGAAACAUCGGCGCCAGAGGGAGUGUGUGGAUGAUUUACUGAAGCUUCGUCAGAGAGUCCUGGCAGAGCGAGCAGCCAAGGAAGAGACACCAGAGGGCGCUGCAGCACCUGACGCGACCUCGGACAUGGGGAUCUAUGUACAAGACGACGGCCAUGAGAAGAUCUACGCCCUGACUCCAGAAGCCAAGGCGUGGGCAAUGAAGAGACUGAAGAAAGCGAAGGAGAAUGAGGAGGAGGAUGAACUGCAGAAGGAAGGAGAGGAGGAAUCUGCUCAUACUAAUACAGAGAAAGUAGAUGAGGAAAACGAGAAGACUGUGGAGAUGCCUGAUGUCAAGGAGAAGGCCGUGCAGGACGAGGAGAGUGAUCAGAGUGACCAGAGUGACUUGUACAAGGACGAAGGGUUCAAGACACUCCUGGGGUUCCUGAGCGAAGGUUCUGAUGACCUGGAUAAUCUCUGUGUUCUGAACAACACGAGAAAUGCAGGGAAAUCGAGCGAAAUUAUGCAACGUGAGUACUUAGAAGAAAUCAUAGGGAUAUCCCCUGAAGAUCAAGUCGAGGUCCUGUUCCCUGAGAAUCAUCAUGUGGAGGGUCUGUCUCCAAAACAUAAAGUUGAAGUUCCGUGUUCUGUAGAUCAAGUCGAUAGUUUGUCUUCUAAAGAUAAAAUCGAGGUUUUGUCCUGCGAAAAUCUUGCCAAUAUAUUGUCUCCUGAAGACUCGGUAAACGAUGAUGGUGUCAAGGGAACGUCCUGGCGUGAGACAGAGACUGGGAAACCGAAACCCUUGGAGGAUUUCCACAUUGCUCAACUCUUUAACACAGAGACUCAGUGUUCGAACCCUUGUGGUGAAGUUGGCGGUGAUGGCACAGAUUUUCUGAAGUCAAGGAAUGCGUCGACAGAGCCAGAGUAUGAUGAUCUUGGUCCUCGCUUGUCCUUGUCUCUGCGGUACCAGGAAGAAGAGGAGGAGGAAGAAGCGGAGGACAACGAGGAGAGGGACCAACUAUUUUUGAGGAGCUGUCACAACUUCAUCAGAGCGCACACGGCAACCACAGAGAAUCCUGGGCUGCUCCUGGAAGCCGAGGGAGAUGAGGCUUCCUGCUCCUCCCUCCACCACCACCACGAGCAGCUUGAGGAGGAGGAGGAGGAGACAGAAGGAGCAAACCAAGAUCUCUUCCUGAGCUCCCAGAGUAUCAUCAGAAACACAGAGUGCAACACAGAGCCUCGUGAACGUAACAGAGGCGCCGCCGAAGCAGAGGAGCAAAGACUAUCUUCCCCAAACCUGGACUCGGAUCAAUAUACACAAGCGUUCCUGCGGGAGCUAGUGGCCAGACACCAGGCUGCUGCCGAGGACCAGUCAGAUAUUGAGGAGAUUCUGGACAACCUGGAUCUGGAGGCCGAGGAGACAAUGCCGGUACACCCUCGACACCCGCACGCCCACCUCCUCCGCCAGCUGGCCAAUGGCAGUGAGCCUGAGAGCGGUGAUGACGAAGAACCGAUAACUCGAAGACCCCUGAACGGCAUGAGGCUCCCGCCGCGCCACGCUGGCGUCCCGGUGUUCGGCGAGCGCUGGGUGGAGGAGGUGAGAAGGAGCAUCCUGGAGGACGCGGAUUGGGAGGAGGAGAUUGAGUCCUCCAUCGACACAUCGGAGGAGGAGGGCAGCGUGGACGAUCUCAACGUGGAGACGCCGGAAGAAUCGAGUCUAGCUGAGGACGACUCCAGCUGGCAGGACGAAGACAGCGUGUUUGAGGAGGAGAGCGUGAGUGACGUCAGCAGCGCGGGGAAGGUGGUGCCUGAGGGAGCGGGCAGGAACGCGGAAGGGAACAACCUGCUGGACGGCUCGCCAAGAACACAAACAGAUGCUGCCGCCCUCAGGACGCCCGCGCCGCUGUCUGUCGAUGACGAGGACUCCAAUACCACCUCAUGCUCCAGCCUCAGCCUCACCUCCCUGCAAAACUCCCCGGCACACGCUAUCUAUGCACCACAGGGGCACCAGGACUCGCCCUGGUCAACCAUGGGGGAGGGGAACAAACAUGGCAAAUCAUCAGGAAGGGAAAGAAAAACAGAAAUCGGAAACUUCAUCGAAGAUUCACCACAGCCUCAGUUCCCGGUGCGUGACGUCAGCAGCGCCCUGGGUGACUUGGGUGAGUCAGCAGCGACGGCACCCGCGGCGGCAGAGUCAGCCUCUUCCUGCAUGAGCGGUGAUGCAAGUGGAUGUGACGCGGUGCCUCCCGGAUUCCUGAAGGAGGAUCACUUGUCACCACAAGAAAUAGUGAACAUUGUGGCAUCUGAGGGCGUUGUGCAGCAACACGAGGCAGGAGGUGGCGCCUCGAGACAGCGGGGAUCGAGGUGCAGCACGCGUGACGCCCUCAGGAGCUCCCACGAAGCCUUCGUCAGGGGACACAACAUCACAGGGCGGAGGGGAGAGCCUGGCGGUGAUGCAAGGGGAGUGCCGAGGGACUGGACUGACCACGACGGGGAGGAAUAGACGCAACAGGGAGACACACGGAGCCACAAGGAGCCACACGGAGCCACAUGGAGCCACACGGAGUCACGGGGAACCAGAGGGAUCUACAUGGAGCCAUAGUGAGCCACAGGGGGCUAGAAGGAGUCGCAGAGAGCUACACGGAGAUACAGGGAGUCAUACAUUCCUCUCUAGCUGACUCUCAUUGUCUCCAACACUGCACAGGGGAACACUCGCAGCCAUCUUGACCAACGCAACAUGAGACUUGAGUGGGGAGCAACAUGAGACGUACACUCGUAUUCAGAAACGCCUUCACCUUUCACUACGACAGUUUUCCAAGGCCACAGAUACAACUAACCACG